AACAACGCUUCUCAACCUCAUCCUCCACAGAAAGUCGACAGACCCCCGACUUCGACUCAAUCUCAGAACAAUCUUCACUAUCCAACAUGUCUCUGCACUAUCUCCCCGCCGUUAAGCCCUCGGCCAUCGCCCUCGGCACCGUCUUCAACCACACGGCCGAGCUGGCUGUGCUCACCCCCCUCUUCGGCCAGACGUACCAGCGUGCCAAGGCUGCCAAUACCAAGGAGGAGUUUCUCCGCUCGCGGGAGGCGACGGGCGCCGCCGUCGCUUGGGGCACCGCCCUCGUCGGCUCGGCGCUGCAGUCGUACGGCGUCGGCGCCCUCAUCAACGCCACCGGCACCCUCAGCUACAAGGGCGCCGCCUACUUGGGCGGCCUGAUCUUUGCUGCCACCAGCGCUCCUACUUUCAUCAGCCAGCUCUUCGUCGAGAAGCGCGCGACCGAGCAGGUCGGCGUCAGCAUCCUCGCUAAGCUGUUCGAGACCGUCGGCCUGUCUCUCUUCUUGACCUGGUGGGGAACACGCACCAACCCGUUUGAGCACUCCGGCGCCGGUGGCACUCCCCUGAGCCGGAACGCCUUCCGAUCCGAGUAAAGGAAGAUGAAUGGGGUGGAGUUAAAGACGGAGCGGCCAGACCUUUCUUUUCCUUGCAUCGGGCACAUCGAUAGAGUGGCCUCGGUAC